AUGUUAGCACACGGUGAUGAAUAUGAGAUAUUACGAAGAUUAGAGUCGCUAGAUGAAAAUAUCACUGACCGGACAGACAGCCUUAAGCUCAUACGAAAAUCACUCCAAGAAAACAUCAAGAAAGCAUUCGAAAACUCGUCAAAACGUUACAAUUUGCGCAGUACCGUAAAGACCUUUAAUGUAGGAGACACCGUUUACCGCCGAAAUUUUGUAUUAAGCGACGCGACUAAAAGGUUUUGCGCCAAACUAGCACCCAAAUUUCUAAAGGCCAAGGUGAUCGCAGUAAAAGGCAACUGCAUGUACGAGCUAGAAGAUGAUGUCAAUAAAAAGCGAGCGGUUUACCAUGGGAAAGAUAUUAUAGAAGGCAAAGGUGGACACAACACCGCACCAAUACUCUAG